CACAGCACAGACUGUGCACCAUGGCAGGAGAGACUCAACAGAUGCAUACAGUCAAAGAGCUGGAUGCAGGGUCCAAACAGCAGCAUGAGGAUACAGCACUGGAACACCAGAGUGACAAAGCCACAAGGAAGUCUUCUGAGCACUUUUCAAGCACAGGCACUGAGGCCAGACUCGGCAACAGAGAGGCCAACGCAGAAAACAUAGAGAAAGAAAGGGACUGUCCUCAGCAGCGUGAAGCUGUCAUACGGCCGCAGCAGACAGGGAAGAUUGACUUCAAAUCAUUGCACAACAGAUCAAAGUUUGUCACUGACGGGACUUGGUCGAGUGGGAAAGGUAGUCCCCAGUCACCGAGUGGAAAGGGCCGCAGCCGAGAGAAAGGGAAGCGGUCAGGAAAGGCAGAGCGUGGCAACCCACAGCAGCUGUACAGACUAAGCAUUACAAGUCCACGCACCGUUGGCAUUGCCUAUCCACAACAGAAAGUUUUGCCACCCAAGAAGUUGGAAACCAGUAGUGACCCAGUCUCAAGCAGCUACAGAUUCCACGUUUCCAGUAUGCCAGAGAGAGAGGUUGAACUUCAACAGGAAGAGCUCAGCUACAGUCGCUUCUUCCAGGAAAAUCCCCCUAACAUUACCUCCCCAAACUAUACCUCACAGCCUCUGGGUUCCUCGACUGGAACAACAUCCCACCCACAUCCACCCCUGUCACAGCAACCCGUUUCAAUGGAGAACAACAGUGCACAGACUGGUAGCUCUCUCAUUUUGACUGACUGUCAGCUAAGCAGCUCAAAUGCUUGGCAGUCUCCUAAACGGACUUUUAAUGGUGCUAAUUAUGGACUUCCAUCACAAAAAUCUUCUGCUCUCCCAGAAACCAGUAAGGCAAUUUCAUUUGUGCCUGGUCCAUUUCAAUACGGAUAUCAUUUACUGGAACAAUCAACCUCUGACUCUUUUCCUUGUGAACAGAACCCCCAAUCCCAAGACAUUGCAAACUCUUCACUGGGCUCUGUUCAUGUCACCCACAGCUCUUUUCCUUUCACCCCAGGAGCAGGACAAAACAUUGCUCACAACAGCACUCAGUUCAGUAAUGAACAUCAGCCAGAGGAUAGAAGCUCUUAUCCCCAUCCCCCACAGUCCCAAUUUAUUCAGGCAGUGGCUUCAUCCAUCCAAUGUCCCAGGAAUCUGAGUGAGAACUCACCCAGCAGUGACAGCUCUGGCUCCAGCUCACAGCAGUCGGAGCAGGGGAAGCCCGCUCUACCUGAGAGCACAGAAAAUAUUGCACAGGCGGACGGUCAGGAUGGAGCCAUCACCUCUGGGAGUAAAAGAAACUGUCACUCCAAAGACACAGCUGCCAGCCAAAGAACACUCAUCCAAGGUGGUAUGCACACAAGAAAUGUUUCACAAGGCCCAGGCUCUCCAAUGCACUUUCCUAACAGAACAUUUAACAAUCCUACAGUGAAUAUUGUUUGCACAAACUCAAGUCCUUUUGAUAAAAGCAUCAACAAUAAAGUUCUGAACAGGAUACCACACUCUUGGGAGGGGCCGAACAAGACGUAUUUACCAGGUGAUCUAAACACAAUUCAGUACGCUGAUAUAAAUGAGAAGUUUCAGUUUCAAAGCCAGACGGCUACUGACCAUAAGCCCAAUUCAUCUAAAAGUAGCAGAAUGCCCUGGCAGCAAAUACGACCGAGCUCUGCCCUGCCAAGCCCAAACAGGAUGGAGUCAUCAAGUCAAAUAAGCAAUCAAAAACUGGCUUACAUCGUGUCCUCCUCUGACUGGCAGGAUGAGAGUAAAUCAUGUAAAAAUAACUCUUUAAAAAACCUGGGCCAUUUUCAGAGCAACAGAAGUGACGUGCUGUCAAACCAAAGACAAGAACAUGUAAAACAUAACGGUAACACCGUCUCCGCUUUUAAAGUGGAGAUAAACCACACGAAAGUGUGCGAGUCCAAGAAUAAGUCUCUGUACUUUGGACUCAAUCAGGCUCUUUCAGCAGCACCAGCACAACACUACAACUAUCCACCAUUACAAGUCCCACCUUUAGGGCUUAUGAGGGUGUCACCAUAUGAAUCCCCUUUGCCCUCCCCAGUUCAUAACCCUGCAUCUAGUAGCACUUGCUCCUCCCUCUCACCGGCAUCCACCAGCCCGGUUAACGUCAGCUCAGAGGACAGCCAGAUAUCAAAAUCAUCCCUGCCUCACUCGUUCUAUCACCAGCCACAAAGUAAAGCUCAGUUACCUUCAGAUCACUUGAACACACACCCUCACCAGUUUCAUCCUGAUGCUUCAAUGACUCUUCCCUUCAUAUCAGACAGGCCCAAAGACGAUAUGAUGAGCUACCUGCAGAACAACACACAAUCGAAGACGGCUAUGGAUAAAGGGAAAGGUUAUGUGGAUAGUUUUGGAGUGGAGCAUCACCAGCCUCCGCCGUCAUACUCUGCCCAUCAGCUCUUGGCCAGCUCAUUGGCCACAGCAAAUCUCGACCAGUUGGACGUGCUUCUGACCUGCAAACAGUGUGAUCAGAAUUUCAACAACCUGGCUUCGUUUUUAGGCCAUAAGCAAUACUGCGCUCAACAAACGUUUGCACAUAAUGACCUCAAAGAUGUAUCAAAGAUGGAGGAGAAUCAUAAGCUUCACGUAGAACCAGUUAAAGCAGCUCCAACAAACGUUUCGCUGUCGAGAUGUCCAUCUGAUCUUCACCUGUCGUUGUUGGGCCUCAACAAAAACGGAGAGCUGAUGUGUGAAAGCGACACGAAAGGAGAACAUAAGGAUGACCCGCUGAAACUCUGUCUGUUCUCUGGUCCAGGUAACCUUCCUGUCCCUCUGUCAGAGCUGGAAAUGGAAGAUGCCAAACUAGACCGCCUAAUAACAGAAGCUUUAAACGGUCUGGCUAACCAGUCAGACAACGCAGAGAUAGACAGCAGCUUUAUUGAUGCGUUUGUUGAUGAUGACCUAACCACUGUCAAAACAUCAUCAAGCAAACAAUGUGUGAAAACAAAAGAGUCUAUGGUCUACGAGAGCAAACACAAACCAUCAGCUGAUGACAGAUCUUUCACACAAGGAAAGUAUUGUUAUGACUCUGAUGUUGAAAGCCACAAGAAAAUGUCUAUGAAUUUGGAGGAAGAUGAGAAAAUUAACAUUAAAAAAGAAAUCUCUCAUAAAAAUUCAAGAAUCGCCUUGAGGGAGAAGACGUGGGAAAGAGAGAGCAUAGUAAAGGAGGCAAGAAAGCUGUGUAAGAGCGAGGACAAAAACACGAGCGCACAAAGAUUUCUCUUAUCCAGCAACUUUUCCGAGCAUGCCGGUGUAAAAAGCUUUAAGGACAACCCUUCACUUCGAGGGUCGGCGCCUUUGCAGGCCUCCACAUCUCCAAACUCAAAAACUGCAGCUAAAGAAAGCAAGAGGAAAAGCACUGGAGGGGGCACCUGGAGCAAAGAACUCAUUCACAAAAUAGUUCAGCAAAAAAACAAACUCCACAAGCUCCAUGUGAAAGGUACGAAAAACCUUCAGUUUUCCUUGGUGAUGGAGAGACUCACUCCCACUGUGCAGAAUCCUGCAUUCGGAGAAUACGACUACGUCUCUGACUCGGAUGAUGAAUGUGAGCCUGUGAAGAUAGCGAGCCAGGGCCGACUGAAUCAAAGCAGCCGCUGUAAAUACACGUACACCAAACAGUGCAAAUGGCGUGCGAGGAGCGAGAGGGACACGGCGGCGUGGAGACACGAGCCGAAGGAGAGCUUUGAGAUGAAGAAAAGCGAGGAGCUGUCCGUCACACCCGAGAAACACGGGUCUCACCAAAAACUUAGGCGGCGAGGCAGCAGGUCAUCUACGAGCAGUGACCUCAGCACAUCUGUGAGCAUUUCAAGCGACGGCCUCAACAGCCCCAAAAGCACUGAUCGCACCGACUCAGACAGUGAGAAGAAGGCAGACAAAACGAAAGAGUCUGCAGAGCCAAAAAGCCAUGACAGGUCUACCCCACAGAAGUUAUUUAAAGAGUCCAACACUCUCGCACUGACAUUCACUAAACCUGUCAAGAAAUAUAACGCAGACAAGGCUGCUCAUUCUGAUAACAAAGUGAGCGCAGAGGAACCAAAGAAAACUCAUCCAGAAGUUGCUGAUCCACUGACUUCGCCGCAAAAGGCUAGAGACACGACAAAGAAUGUUGAGAAAAGAGGAAGUUCUCAUGCAAAACCAAAAGAGAAACUUGUAUCUCAUAAAAGGGAAUUUGACUCUACCAUCAGCUCGGAAAGACAAAACCUGCAGAGAACAAAGACAGAAGUAAAACCAACGCAGAGCAGCUACACAAAUAAGACACUAAAGGUUGACUCGCAUUCUCCCACCAUCACCAAAGAAACUGACUUUAACAUUGACAGAAGCACAAAGAGAAAAAGAGAAGAAGGGUCAGAAGCAACGCUGCACAAGCUAUCAGGCAGCGCCACAUUGGAGAAACAGAGCGACAGUGUCUGUACGGUGAAAGAGGCCAUUACUUUAGUCAAUGACCUAGACACACACCAACCUGCAUCUCUUUACACAUCUUUGAUGGAUGAGGUGUGCCUGUCCCCGACUGAAAGCCACAAAGAUGCACUCCACCUCAUGCCCUACCCACUGGACCAAGAGCAAGGACUCAUGAAAUCCCCGCUUUCAUUUGACACCUCAUCAAUAUUUGGGGAUCUCGCAGGAUUUGACAGCAGUCUUUAUUCUGAGAUCCCCAUUCAGAAAGAGGGUUUCCCUUCUUUAGAGAGCACAGCUGAUAAAAAGGAAGAGUUUGUCUCAUCUUUUUCCACUUUUAUGGAACACAGAGACUGGAACCUGAUGGUGAACCCCGUGCUACAAGAUGAGAUAUCUCCAUACAAAGACAGUUCUGAAAAAACAAAUGACAAGAAGUCGGACUAUAAUCACAUUUCUUUGUCUCUGCCAGACAAAAUAAUUGACUACAGUGCAACUCUCAACAGCUGCGUGUCAGAGGAUGAGUUGGAGAUAAAGAGAAUAGUGAAUGAGCUUGAAACUCAGCUGCAGACAACUAAGCUGGAAAGUACAUCACUACUGGAUCAGGAUACCUCCAAGCAGCUGCAGAUGAGCAAGUUUUCACCUUUACAACUGGUGGAGGAGUCUGAAGAGGGCAAUGGUUUAAAUGUCAAAUGCCCAGUGCAAGGAAUAAAUCUACAAGUUUCAAGAAUACCCUCAGAGCAUUUCACUGAACCAGAACUUCCAUGGCCAGGCACAUUCCAGUUUGAGUUAAUUGGUGAAAAUCAUAGCACUGACACUCCAGUUCCCAGUGAGCGGGCUGAACUCAAAGAUAAGCUUCACCUGGACCCAAAAUUAAAAGAGAGAUGUGCUGAAAAUGAGACCCUUGUCGAAACAAAGGAGGACAUUUUAGAACAGAGACGAUACACAGAAAACCUCAUGAAAAGCCUGGAGGUGAUUUCAGACUCCAUAUUCAAAAAAGAACCCAUUAUAUCAGCACCUCAGAAGCCAAAUGUCAACUCUUUCACAAGUCAACAACACGAAGAAACUGAAUGUCAGAUCACUGAUGCAGGUGAGAGAGAAGAUCGCAGCGAAAAGGAAGCAAUUACCGUAAAGGAGACUAUUCCAUCGCUCCCACAUAUCAAUGAGCGGAAGGAUGAAAUUGAAUUCAUUCUCAAUGAGUCACAGUCGUUUUUCUCCAACGAGACUGACCCUUCAGUCUGUAGCAACCAGCCAAUCUCAUCACAACCUGCAGAGAACAGGGAUUACAAGGCGGAGGCUGAAGUCACAUCAGAAGAGGAUACUGCAGCAAACAGUCAUUUGGCUGAGUCUGCUCGCUGCUCGAGUGUGAUGACCCAUUGUCCACACGAGUUUGAAAAGUCUUCCAGGGACAGUGAUGCAGAAGACAAUUUAAAUAAGCUGAAUAAAAAGAAGGAUGAUGGCAGCAAUUAUGUAUUUACAGAAGGCUGUGAGGAAGCAGAGGCUGUGAAGGAAAUCACUCAUGAACCUGUGGGUCACCCUUCUCCACCAGCUCUAGUUGACCCUGCUCAAAUGAUUGGUGAGAAGAUAGCAGAUGUGAUUCUGUCUGCACUGGAACAACAAUCCACUAAUGACAAUCCUGAUAUCACUUCAUCACAAGGGGCUGAACUGACAGUGACCUGCCCAGACAAUGCAGCUGAGGAAAUAACGGUUGAAACGUCAAAACAAAAUCACUUGAGCUUAAUUUCUUCAUCGAGAAACUCCAGUCCUUCAAAAACGUUCAGUGAAACAAAUAUGUCAUCGGAGAUGGUUGUUGCAGUCAAGCCCUGCAGUCCUAUACUGGUGAAAACAAAUACAGAAAGCUGCUGCUCACCCCUCCACGACACCCAGUCUGCAGAGGGACAAAACAAUCCGCUGCUCCUGUCACAGUCUGAUGGCAUCGUUACCAGUGAUUCCCGUAAAAUGACCCCGUUUAAUGAGUCGUUAAAAACCGACACAGGUCUCAACUUUGAGUCUGCUCCGAAACAGGAGGAGAUUUUGAAUGUCCAAGAUAUCAAAGAGCAUCUUCCUGUCAAUUUCAUGGCAAGUCAGCAAAACUCCCCCUGCAGAGAGGCAGCAGAAGAAAGUCACUGCAUUUUUUUAAACUCCGCCUCAUCCACCAGUCCCCUUUUAUUAAUCUCUCCUCAACAACCCUUGCAGAAAUUAGUUUCGGGAGAGGACUUGUGCCGGCCAAAAAGAUUUAUCGACCAAGGCUCUGAAAAUGUAAAAUCUCCCACAAUCAAAGAUGACAACCAAAUCCUCCAAGAUGCUGUAAACAAUGAUUCGUUAAAGGAAAAGGCUGGGACGGAGUGCUCUCUGAUAUCUCAGCUGGAUUUAGGAGUCACGGAGUGUAAGCUCUCUGAGGCGGUCCGCUCCUCUCCACUUCCUGUGAGCAGCACAGCAGAACCACCAGAGGUGACAGACGGUCUUGAAAAAAGUGAUCUGAUGUAUGAUUUAAAGCUCAGCCCUCUCAACUACAGUGUCCUGUCAGAUGAACCUCCGCAGCUGAAUCAGUUCGACUACAUUCCAAUAUCACCUGCCAGCAAACCCGAGGAGAAUCUCCACACAGAGCAGAGAGCAGGAGAGUGUGAAUCAUGUGACUUGAGCAUCAACCCAGCACUGAUUUUCCACCAAACUGAGACAGAAACAGCGAUGGCGCUGGACACAAAUCCCAGAGCUAAACUGCAUCCAUCAGAUGAAGCGCUGAAAUUUACAUGCUUUUCAUUGGGUCUCACAGACGGACUAAAAAAAAUCGACUUCGCCGAUGAUGAUGUGAAGACAAGCUUGGAGGCUUUCCAUGACCCAGUUGAACCUGCUGAGGAGUUGCACAUCCAUGCUGACCUCCUGAGCAAAGCUGAAACAGAGAUUUUAGUUCCUCACAAGGCUUCUGCUGAUGAGGACAUUCUCAAAAAAGAAUUUUCAGAUAAUCUGCCCACUUCUAAACCACUCACCAUCUGUGAAAAUGACCAGAUGCCCCUUCCAGCAGACCAGUCAGAGAAGCAGCUAAAAACAUUUCACCAAAUACACAAAGAAACGACGCAGAAGAAGACGCAGAGCAGCGAUCAACAGGGUAAAGUGCUCUGCGAGAUUUGUUUUAUGUGUUUCAGAACAGUGCCAGGCUUAAAGAGACACAAGGCCAUGAAACAUUCGGUCAGAGCUGAAAAAUGUGCUGGCCCACAGAGCACAACAUCAAGCCAUCAGGGGACUAUGCUUAUUUAUGAAGCAUCGCAAACUACAGAGAAAAAGCAUAAAGAUGAUUCACAGACUUGUUUCCCAGCAAAAGUAGAUGGGCUUCCUGAGAUAAGUAGCUCUCUUGCAUCUAAAGCAGCAGAGACAGAGUCAGUCCUGGAGGAAGUGGCAGCAGAGGAGAAAACCCAUCAAAACACCCCGCUGCCAGCAAAGGCAAAAAAGAACAACAAAGCCAGAAAGAACAAGAACAGUGAGCUCAAUCCUGACCCUUUCUCUGAUGAGCUCCUGCAUUUAUUAAAAACAGACAUUCUUCAAGCCAUAACUCCUGAAUUUAAAAACAGCACUCUGCAAGAGCUCUGCAAAUCCCCCGAGGGGAAAAUCAAUGACAGAAGUGCUGCUCGAACAGAAGAAGUCCCUCACUUUGUUUCUUCAGAUGCAGCCUUUAACAAUACAACUCAAACUGCAACAAAAGAGCCAAAUGCACUCGGUGAACCUGUGGGAUACGAUCAGUUUGGUGACACAGAGGUGAUGAAGUGUGUGAGCGCAACAAAGAGGCCGUAUUUGGAAGUGUGUGUGGACAGUAACGUUGAGUCUAUGGAGGAGAAUAUUACUGGAGAAAGUGAUGAAACCAGACAGACUGUGUGCUCUGUGGGGGAGAUGUGCAAAGUGAAAGGAUCAGACGACAGCCCCGGCCUGGACAUUCUUAGAAACGUGUCAGCAGAGAUUAAAUGUGGGCAAAACAGGAGCCCUUCUGACAAUCUAAACCCCAUUUCCUGUUUGAGUCCAUCCCCUCCCAGUCCGCCCAGCAUGAGCCCAGACCUGAGAACUUUGCUGGAUGAUGACACAUUUUCUCAACUGUUCCCAAGAGAUGAGGAGGCAAAAAGGAAAAAAUGUCAGAGGGUUUACAGCAAAAGAAACAAAAGGCCAAAAUUAUCCCUCCAUUCAGAUGAAACCGUGGACUAUCUUCCUCCUGAAGCUUUCAUGCAAAACAGUAAUCAGUACGUGGAAGCCCGAGCUGAGCAGAACAUCACCGACAAUCAAACCAACCACUGUGAAUUUGAGACCAUUUCUAUUGAUGAUGCCAUCAUGUUGAACAUGUGCCACAACGGCACUGUAAAGGCUGAUGGGAAGCCGUUACCAGAUGGUGAACAAAGUGAUCAGCUUGGUGAUAUUAAUGCCCUGGGGAGCACUGAUGAUAAAUCUGGAGCUGAAUGGAAAGAAUCCAGCAAUUUCACUGACUUAAAUGGUGGCUCGUCUGUGACCCCUGAACCCAGCCUCUGUAAACCAGAAGAAGGGCUGAGCUCGUCCUCCCCUCUGCCUCCCCCAGCUUCUCCCUGUGCUGUGAAUCCCUGCACCACAGAGGGUCCCCAAACCUUCCACAGCAUUGACAUCCAAAACAUCAACACCACAUUCCAGCUUCCUGACAUUCAGUUCUUUGACUCCAGUAAAGAAAUCUCAGUAGCUCCCCCUCCUGAAAUCAGUCCUGCAGACACGGAGAGCAGAGACGAUGAAAAGCCAAAGAAAGUGACGGAGCGGCGAGGCAGGAAACGCCAAGAUGGAGGAAUGAAAGUCAAAGACAAGCAGUACAAAUGCAAAGUGUGUUUCACCUGGUUCCUCACCCUGGGCGAGCUGAACUUUCACAAACUUUCCCACAAUCCCUCUCCCCCUCCAACCUGCUACAUGUGUGUCCAGCGCAAGUUCAGCUCCCGGGAGCAGCUGAGGGACCACCUAAGGGAGAAGCAUGCCAAGAACAAGACGGGUAUCUGGACCUGUGGCAUGUGCCUGAAGGAGAUAUCAGAUGUGUGGAUGUACAACGAACACUUACGAGAGCACGCCACUCAGUUCGCCAGGAGAGGUCAGACUCAAGGCUCCAUGCUGGGCCUUCCAGGGAGCUUCAUGCAAGAGACAGCGGUGAAGAACUUCAUAUCCUCAAUCAUGCAGCAGCGUCCCAGCAAAACCAACAGAGAGUCCAGCAAAUGUACUAAAGAACAGGAAAAAUCAGCUGCUGCAGAAAGUUCUGAGGGGGCUGAGGUCAAGCUGCACAAAACUAAAAGCAGCAACGGAGGAAGUGGGAAGCAGAGCUCAUUAACACCACUCGAGGUACUGCACAAAACAGAAGCUCCUAGAAGUGUGGAAAUGCAUCCCAACUGCAAAGACCCCUCGCGAGACUGCCACCACUGCGGGAAACAGUUCCCCAAACCUUUCAAGCUCCAGAGGCAUCUCGUGGUGCACAACCUGGAGAGGAUUUUCCUGUGUCACAAGUGCCCCGUCUCUUAUCAGGAGGCCCAGGAGUUCAAAGAGCAUCUGAGGAGAGCUCACGGGGAGGUGGAUGAGCUGGACUCCAAACACACAACACUGUACACCUGCGAGCUCUGCGCCGACGUCAUGCACGUGAUUAAGAAGUCUUUCAUCUGCAGCACCUGCAACUACACAUUCUCUAAGAAGGAGCAGUUUGAUCGCCACAUGGAAAAGCACCUGUCAGGCGGGAACAAAAUCUUCAAGUUUCGAGGCGUUCUCAGACCUGUCAAAGUGUCUGGCUCCAAAGAAAAUGAAUGUGAUUCACCUGCGAGUAAGAAGAGGAGACUUCUCUCUGACAGUCUGCCAGAGAACAGUUCGGACAGCGGCAUCGCAAGUUUGAGCUCACUGCAUUUAAGUCAGAACCCUGAAGCUCAGUCGUCAAAGCCCUCCGUACCCACAGCUGAUGAUUCCACACAGACAUUCACAAAUGGGGACCACAGUGACACAAAUGUGAAGACGGAGGACAUUUCUGCAGACUGCUCUCAACUAGCAGAGCUGGAGAACUGUGUUCGUUUAAGCUCAGCUGAGUCUGCUUCACCCAAGAAGGAGGAAACCGACUUGACUCCUUCACCUCACAAGGAUGGCAGCGAAAAACCAGUUACUGAACCAUCCGGCGUAAAAGAGGAGAAUGAGUCAGUCUGCAUUAGACCAGAGGUGACCUCCUGGACUGCAUCUAAAGAAAGUUGUAACGUGGAAGAGGAGAUCAUUAAAGCCAAGGAAUGUGACACAACACAAACUGAAGAUAAAUCAAAUUUGCCUCCAGCUAGUGAGAAAUCUGCCGUCUCAACAGAAAAGCAAAUCCUUCGGAAGACAUCUGAGUCGGCAAAGCAUAAAUUAGCUGUUGAUGAGAUGAACCAACGGGGGGAUGAUGAGCCGAGGCAUCACACAUUGUUCAGUAAUGGCAGUAAACAGCAGGUAUCUCAUGGUGCUGAGCAGCAAAGUAGCAGUCAGAUGAAAAACAACGCUGCCCCGGCUACAGCGGCCGACAGCGUGAAAACCAGCUCUAUACCCAGCUGUGCAAAGGCCACAGAAUCAACUCCAGUCAUCCACUCCAAGGUUCCCCCUCUGGCAUCUGCUACCAAUGAGGACAAGGAUGUAGUCAAACCACAGAAGAGACGAAAAGAAAUGAAGUCCGCACACAUUCUGCAGAGACUUUCCUCUCCGGUCACACAGGAAAACUUUGCCGUCGAUUCGAAAGCCAAAAAGAAAAUUCGCCCAAGCAAGUGUGCAAACCCCUCCCUGCAAAGAAAGUCCGACGGAUCCAACGAGUACCCAGUGCUGUCCUCGGUGCGGGACGACGUCGUCGGCAACAAAAUAGUUUCCAAGUGCAAGAAUGGAAGCUUGAGCUUGUCGUCAAAGAGAGGUUUGCUGGAAAGCUGUUUACCAAGGAAAGCGGACAUUAUUAAAAAGGGACCUCUUGGGAGAUCCGUGCACUCUCCUGUGUCUAAAGUGUCUUCAGUUCCCAUGAACAACUCUUUGAAUAAACCAAGACCAAAGAUGGGGGUCAGGUCAGUGGAGAGUAACUCUUACCGGACAGCCGAGUCCCAGAAUCACCUUCUGAGUCAGCUGUUUGGCCAAAAACUCACCAGCUUCAAGAUUCCUUUAAGGAAGGACACAUCAGAAUCUAUUAACUGA